AAAAACGAGGGAGCAAAAGAAAGAAAAAACCCACCUGCACUACACGGCACGAGGCUAACUUCGUGGCCCAUAAGAUCUCACGGAAAUCCAUCCGUCGGGCAGUUGUGCUUGUGCCUCCAGAAUUUUCUCUCUGGAAUAUUGCCCUACAAUCUUGUUAGGUUCCCAGCACUUCCGCGCUCAACUCGAAUUUGCGACGUCUUCGGUGUUUCUUUCUUGCUUGGUGUUUUCUGCUUCAAUCAUCCAAGACGAAAAUAAAAGCGGGGAGAAGUUAGAUAGGCAUUGGAAAGGACGAAGGUCAACCGUGGCUCACUUCCACCCUCUGUCUAUACUAACAUGUCCGCAAACAUCAGGCCUUUUGGCAACCCAAACACAGACAGAAUAGAGCAACGGGAUACUAGUGAAGUUUCUCCUCAGACCAUUGAACAUACCACACGACUUCCUCCAUCAUCAGAGAAGCAGUUGCCCGAUCCAUCAAAUGCUGCUUAUGACGUUAACGAUGCCGAAAAACAAGCGCAUUCCCAGCCAGAAACCGACCACUAUCUGCCACCAGAUACGCAGGUGAACCCAGAGAAUGAUCUCGACCGGCAUUCAUCCACUGCCCCAUCACAUCGCUCCGUACAUAGCGCUCCUAUGAGUCGUGUGACUACCGACGCCGAUGGAAACACUUACCCCGAAGGUGGACUGGAGGCUUGGCUGGUUGUCUUCGGCAGCUGGAUGGGUCUUUUCGGCUCUCUGGGUUUGGUCAACACCAUUGGGACGUUCCAGGCAUAUCUCGAGAAUCAUCAGCUGAAAGAGUAUAGCUCUGGCAAGAUCGGUUGGAUAUUUGGCAUGUAUGCAUUCCUGACCUUCUUCUGUGGUGUCCAAAUCGGUCCUAUAUUUGAUGCCAAAGGCCCUCGGCUUCUUGUCUUCGCAGGCUCGUUAUUAAUCGUGGUCAUGAUGAUUGCGAUCGGAUUUUGCACUCAAUACUGGCAUUUCAUGCUCGUUAUUGGCGUCGCCGGAGGAUUGGGAGCUUCUCUCAUUUUUACCCCAGCCAUUUCUGCCAUUGGCCAUUACUUCAAUGAGAAGCGUGGUGUUGCCACUGGCCUUGCCGCAACCGGCGGCUCUGUUGGGGGGAUUGCAUUUCCGCUCAUCCUUGAACGAUUGUUCCCCAAGAUCGGCUGGGCAUGGGCAACCCGUGUUGUUGCAUUGAUUUGCUUAAUCUUGGUGGUUUUUGCAUGUCUUUUGAUCAAAUCCCGGCUGCCGAAGAAACCAGCUUCGAAGGAAAAUGUUCUUCCCGACUUCACUAUAUUCCGGGAGCCCAAAUUCGCUCUUACAACAGCUGGCAUUUUCUUUGUGGAGUGGGGGCUUUUCAUUCCGAUCAGUUACAUUUCUUCUUAUGCUUUGGCACAUGGAGUGUCUAAUCAACUAUCAUACCAGAUGGUGGCCAUCUUAAACGCAGGAUCGUUUUUUGGAAGAUGGAUUCCGGGCUUUGUUGCCGACUACCUAGGACGCUAUAACACUCUUAUAGGGACAGUGGCCCUAUGUAUGGUUUGCAAUGCUUGUCUUUGGCUCCCCGCUGGAGACAGCGUUCCAGUGAUGAUCGUAUACAGUGUCAUCUUUGGCUUUGCCAGCGGCAGCAACAUCAGUCUUACUCCAGUUUGUAUUUCACAACUGUGCAAAAUUGAAAACUACGGAAGAUAUUACGCCACGUCAUACACAAUCGUGAGCUUUGGAACUCUCACUGGUAUUCCGAUUGCAGGUGAAAUACUUUCGCGUUGCAACGGGGAGUACUGGGGACUUAUUGCCUUCACGACUUGCUGCUACGCUGCCGGACUUGCUUGUUGCAUCGCAGUGAAGGUCAUUCAUGUUGGCUGGCGCCAUCCUUUGGCACUUUACUGACGCCUCUUGAACUGUUGUCCAUGGGGUCACAGACGCGAGUUGUAUUCCCCAAAGAAGGACCACAGAAGCAAAAGGAAAGCCAGAAAAGAAAAUGGAAUUCAAAAAAGAAAAAAAGAAAAGAAAAAAACAAAUUAACAACCACGAGACAUAAUGUUUUCAUGACUAGCACUUCAGCAUUAUGGGGAGGGCGACUAAUGCUCGUCUCUUUUCACUCGUCUUUUCGACUCUUACCUACUUUCCCACCUAAAAGUCUUUCAACCCCGAGUGUCAAAAUAUACGCCACGCAUAACGACUCGGAAAUGUCCUCCGG